AUGUUCAAUUGUGUCGCAGUUACUGCUCGAUCGGCCGUUCGUACACUAACAUUAUCUCCAGACUAUGCAAAAGGAAUCGAAGCUACUGAAAAGAUUUUCGACUUACUCGACCGUAAACCACAUAUCAAUAAUGAAUCGAACGAUGAUGAACAAAUCGUAACAACAAGUGCAUUGGAUAGUAAAAAGAUAGUUCAAGAAGCAUUAGAUCGUGCUCAACAAAAUCGAACAUCAAUAACAAUUGCACAUCGUUUAUCAACAAUUCAAAAUACAGAUAUGAUAUGUAUUCUUCAUAAGGGAAGAGUUACUUGCACUUGA